AUGAAUUACCGAGAAAAGGGCAAUAAAGCAUUUAUUGAUGGAGAAUUCGAGACCGCACGACAAGAGUAUACCAAAGGAAUCGAAGUUGCACCUGAAGACCCACGAUUAUGGUCAAACCGUGCGCAAACCUUUAUUAAACUAGGGUAUCCUGAACUUGCGAUGGUUGAUGCCGUUAAUGCCCGCUCUCUCAUUGAACCAAAGAUCACUAGUGGUAAAUAUAGUGAUGCAGAUCUGGCGUUGUUUUGUAAAAGUGGAUGGAGAGAAGCGGGGGCAUUGGCCAAGUGCGAUGGAUUUGUGUUAGCAGGAAGAGCGUUAGAUAGGAUAUUUCAAAUUGUUGUUAAUAAACGACCAGUGGCAGGUGUUGAUUGGAAUACAUGGGAACGUGAAAGGGAUAACUAUUAUGAAAAACAUUACCAACAUGUGGUGGCUCUUAGUAAGGUAGGCUCGGAUCGGCACGCGAUGGUCGAACAAGCUGGAAAAAUGUGCAAGUUUCCAAAUCGUGGAGCUUACCCGUGGGACAUUCGUAGUCGAGAGCGUUGCACCUCAGAGAGUCUCGCUUCUAUCCAGAAACUUUUGGAAAAGAUCUCCGGAAAGAGCAUCAAAGUGUCAUUAGUUAGCUUUCCUAAUGCUUCUCAAGCACACGAAUUCGGCAUAGUAGCAACAAAGGAUAUAAAAAAAGGAACUAUCUUGCUUGAAGAAAAACCGCUUAUUUCAGUUCACGCUCCUGGUCAACAGCGAUGUGAUUUUUGCAACAAACAAGCCGGUUCGAAAAGGUUCUUAUGUCCGAAAGCAAAUUGUUCCGAAAUCUUUUGUAAUAAUGAUUGUUUCGACAAUGCUUGGGAAUUAUACCAUCGUGCUAUCUGUGGAAAAAAUCUUGAUUUGCUGUAUGAAAUAGUGAAAAAAGAAUCACCAUUCUCUGGUUCUUCUCUCCUAAUUGUUCUCAAAAUCUUUGCCAUUGCCAAACAACGAGAUAUUUGUCCCUUAGAUAUUGAAGAGAUGAAGCAUCUUUUCCCCUUCCAACAUUCGACUGCAUGGUUCCAGCACGGUCCUAUGGCCAUCGAUUUCUACUUUGAAUUAAUGAAAUUAUUGGAAAUUCACACUUUCGACUUACGAUACGAACCAUGGAUCUAUCUAACAAUUUAUAGAAAGACUAAACCCAAUUCUUCUUUUUUUAAUCCUUUGACAUCAACUGGACAAUUUUACCCAAUAAUAUCUCUUUUCAAUCAUCAUUGUGAUCCAAAUGCCGGAAUUUCUGACGAUGUAACUAAAUCAAUUAAAGGUGGAAAACCAUUUUCGUUGGGUGUGACUUUGUCAACACGAGCUCAAGCAACUCGUAAUAUAAAAAAUGGAGAUCAAAUAUUUAUUAAUUACACGUUAGGGCAUGACCUUAGUAUCUUGUCAAAAGUCGGUAACACUGUAAGAGCAUCCGGCAGUACUAAACAUACUCGUCAACUUCUCGAGACUAGUUAUGGGUUCCAUUGCAGGUGUUCUGUAUGCGACUCUUUAUCUAAUUGA